GACUCCAGAGGGGAAAGCACUUUGCACCAUAGGCAGAUAGCAAGAGAGAGGGAGAGAGGAGGAAGGCAGGAACAGAGAGGGAGGGAGGGAAAGAGAGAAGGAGGGAGGGAAGGAGGGAGGAACAGAAAGUUUAUGUACAUAAACCUUUUUAAAAAAAUGUAUUGUUGCACCUGGUAGCUAGUUUUCCUGACACAGGAAUGAGAGGUCUGCUCAGUGCUUAAAUAGCUGAGAAACAAUGGGAUAGUGCAGGAAAGUUAACAAUUAACAAUCUCAGCUUAAAUUUUGUAACUGCAGGGAACUGGAAACACAGCUGCCUCUCUCUUCAACAAAAUCAGAAAGUCUCCUGGUUAAGGGAAGAAUUUCUGUUAACUUCUUACUUUCUGAGAAACAGGCAGCUCCGAGUUGAAUGAGUAUCAUGCAGUUACGCUUUUAACCAGGCUGCUCGUAUUUAACCAUCUCUGCUCGUUUUAAAGAAAGAGAGAGACAGAGAGGGGGCAAAGAGGCUUUUAAAAUGCUUUUUACUUUACUUUUCUAAAUGAGGGCACAGGGCAAAAAAGGGAGCUGAAGUCAUCCGGCAGAAGAGAAGCAGCGGGGAAGAUGGGUCUGCUAAGUGUGGAUUUGCUGAUCACGCUUCAGAUCUUGCCGGUCUUUUUCUCCAAUUGCCUCUUCCUUGCGCUCUAUGACUCUGUGAUCCUCCUGAAGCACAUGGUGCUGUUCCUGAGCCGCUCCAAGGCUGCGCGCGGCGAGUGGCGGAGGAUGCUCACCUCGGAGGGGCUGCGCUGCGUCUGGAACAGCUUCCUCCUGGACGCCUACAAGCAGGUCAAAUUGGGAGGAGAAGCCCCAAACUCCAGUGUAAUCCACAUAGCCAAGGGCAGCGAUGGCAGCAGUAGCAGCUGGAAGAAUGUUGGUGGCAAGUGUGGAACCAAAUGCCACCUUCUGGAUUUUGCCGACUCUGAGCGGCCACUGGUGGUUAACUUCGGUUCAGCUACCUGACCACCAUUCACAAGCCAGCUGUCGGCCUUCAGCAAGCUGGUGGAAGAGUUCUCUGGUGUGGCUGACUUUCUGUUGGUCUACAUUGAUGAGGCUCACCCAUCAGAUGGCUGGGCUGCCCCUGGAAUCUCUCCUUCUUCAUUUGAAGUUAAGAAACACAGAAACCAGGAAGAUCGAUGCGCAGCUGCUCACCAGCUCCUAGAGCGCUUCUCCUUGCCACCUCAGUGUCAGGUGGUGGCUGAUUGCAUGGACAACAAUGCCAAUGUGGCCUAUGGGGUUUCAUUUGAGCGAGUAUGCAUUGUGCAGAGACAAAAAAUUGCCUAUCUAGGAGGCAAAGGCCCCUUUUUCUACAAUCUGCAGGAGGUUCGGCUUUGGUUGGAACAAAACUUCAGCAAAAGAUGAAAUCCAUUUCCGAAAGAAGAUGCGUCAACAGGUGUGUCCCUUUAAGGUGAUGUAAAAGGGAAAAAAACAAAAACAAAACACAAAUGAAAACAUGCUAGUUUGAAUAAGGUUUUUCAGAUCAUUGCAGGAGAACACAUUUGAUAAAAAGGUCAAAUGAACAUUAACUAGGAAAAGAAAACUAAAAAAAAAUAAAGAACUAACUCCACAGAAACAUUAUCGUAUGAAGAAAAAUAUCCCACUCUUGCGCUCCCUAUGGGACAGGUGAAGAGGCUCCUGCGAAAAGGUGCUGCAGUUGAGCAGGAAGAGUGGUGAGAUAAGAAAGAGCUGUCUCCCAGAAGAAUCCAUCUCAUGAAGUGUCGGCCCUGGGGUGAGCUGGAAGCUCUGCUGCCUGGAAGACAAUCUAUGGAAAGGCAAUACCGUGCAUUUCAUCAGAAACGCUUCUUUACCCUCCUGUGGCCAAUGCAAGCAACUUUGGAGAAGCCAGGGGCUUGCAAUUACUUUGCAUAGAAAUGCAGUCGAGUGUGGCAAGCCUCCCCUCCUGGUAGAGAUUUUCUUGUUCAGAGACUACAGGAACCACCAUGCAAUGCAUCAUGCAUGCAGAUGGCUGCUCAGAUCAAGAUGAAACAUUGUAUGCUGGUAUUUGUACUCUCUAUGGACACCUCUGCACAGCAUAUUAACUAUGUAAUUCCAUCUACAUAUUUGCAUCCAGUAGGUAGGCCUGUGCCUGCCAAGAAAAAUGUUAAAAUCUUUGAAGUCGUACCAAAAAAGAGAAAGGUGAUCAAAUAAACCCUAUACGAUCCACUUCAAAAACUGAAAAACUUGGACUAUUUGUAACAACACAGUGAGAACCAUUUAGAAGUGGUAUCAUGAGACAAAACUCUCCUGAUGCCAUCUCUCGGUUCUUACAGAAGCGUGUUUAUCAAUAUUCUCUGGUUUUCCUCCCUCUUCCCUCCUCCCCCCUUCCCCUCCCACCCUGAUCUCUUUCUGUCUAGCAAUAGGCUUAAAUGUAAUUUCAUUUUUAGCUUUUAAAAAGUAACUUAUUUCUCUUUCUUUUGUUUUUAUUUUUUAUUUGAGUUAACGACCAUACAGAUGUAUUUUGGCGAUGGGGAAACUUAUACACAACAUACAUUACCUCACUGAAAUGGAAACCUAUCCUGUUAUUUACUUUGUCAAAUGUAGUCAUGCUGAUUUUUGCUGUCUUAGAUGACCCACAUAUAGUUUAUAGAUUCAGCUAGCUUAGUUUAGCUGAAAGUUAAGUGAUUUGCAGCCUCAGAAUUUAUGAGUUGCACUUCUGCUGUUGGAUGAGAUGAUAGUCUGUGUUUCACUCCUGUUCUCAACAGCCUUCUCAGAGAAACAGGGAGGACAAAUAGUGUGAAUCAACAUGAAUAAGUGUAAAAGAUGACAGAAUUUUCAUAAGAAUGGGUUUGAGGAAUUAUUUAAAGUAUCUUUAAAGAGAUGCUGUCAAUUCAGAGUAGACAUUAAAUUUAGAUAUUUUUAAAACAAAAAUAAUAUAAUCAAGCCUGAUGAAAGGGCAUGUUUACAAUGAGCUAAACUGAUAGAGCUGAGAGUGAAAACCCAUAAGAGGAAAUGGACUAUCCAAGUUUUUUCUCAACUUUGGCAGAAACAUGAAACAGAUAAACGGGGUAAGUGGCAAAAAUCAAAUCAGCUCUUUUACUUUCUCAUCCUGCCAGUUAUCAAGAAAAUGACAUAUUAGUACUAACACAGGGAAGAACAGAAAAUGCAUACAUAAAUAUUUUAAUUUUCAAGAUGUCCCCUUAUUUUUUUUUCUUGGCUGUUGGUCAAGUUAGCCAAUAUACAAGAUAUUUGGAAAUGUAUUUUCAAGCACAGAUCUAAAAUAAUGACAGUAACAUGAGUGAUUUCUAUCAUAUUCAAGUUCAUAUUUCUCUUUCUUCUCAUAUUUUCCUUUGCACACUGUUAAGCAUACACAAGUGCACUUAUGUCUGGUAAAGUCUGUCAGAAGAGGGGUUUAAUCAGGCCUUCUGUUGAUCCCUGUUUCUCAGAAAAUGUGUGUGCUUAUGUAUGUAUACAUAUAUGUGAAUAUUGUAUACAUACAUAUAUGCAUAAAUGGUGUCUAAGGCCAAUAAUAAUCACCAUUCUGUCCUUCCAUUCAUUAAUGUUACUAUAUGUCCUUCCAUUCAUGUUACUAUAACUCAUUGCUCAGUAUGAAAGUUUGCUAUACUUUUUCAUGACUAACUGGGAUAUAUAACCAAAAAUUUUAAAUCUAUUAUUGUAAAACCAGUAACAUAGCCAAAUUAUGUAGUUUAUUUAAUCCAGUGUCCUGCCUCUGACUGUAUAGGAUACUUCAGGGGAAGGUGCAAUAAUUUCUUCUGAAUUUUAAUUUUUUUCAGCCCUUGCUAUUUCUAUCUUGUCUAAUGUGAUCACUAAUGUUUCAUCCCUAUGAGAUGCUGAUCCAGAAGUGUGAGACCUAAAUAUUUCUUGAGGUGGUGAAUUCUAAAAUAAUAAUUAAAAAAAAAAUGUUUAAAAACAAAUUAAAACAGAAAAACAUUUGUUUUCAGAUUUGAAUUGGCUGCUCAGAUGGCAUUCUCAUCUCUUCCUCUUGUACGCUAAAGCAGUACAAGCAGGAAUGAUUCCAGUUUUUCUUCUGUAUAUCAGUGCUAUAUUCUACAUAGAAAUUUACAUAGCUAUUGUUUCUUAAGCCAAAACAAUAAUUCACAUUCUUAUACAGGUCCAUAUUCUGUGCCUGUCUCUGAAUCUCUUCUGUUUUCUAUACUCUCCUUUUAUUCAGGUGAGUAAAGCUGUGGACAUUAGUCCAACUGAAAAUAUGCAUUGGUAUACCCAGUACAGCAUCUUUUCCUUAUUAUAUUCUAUUCUUAGUCAUUUGAAACUUCAUAAAUCCAUAGCAACUCCAUAUCCAUUGUAAAGCUUAAACUACUAUGCUUUCUUUCUCUUUCUCCAUCAUACAGAUGAAGUCUCAACUGUUUUAUCUGGGAUUUACCAAAUGCUAACAAAAUGUUUAGCACAGCUGUUGAAACAUACCUUUAGCUCGGAGGAGGAAAUCUGAGUUAGUAAUUCAUUUAGUUAAUAGCCCUUUGUAUAUCUAAAGUCACGGUUAUUUUUCAAGUCCAUUUUCUCCCUCCUUUUGGAUUUCCAUUACUUUGUCUUAGUGCAGUACCUUGUUAUUCAUAGAUGCCUGUUCAUCACAGAAUAUAAAGGAAUUAUAAAACUGGCUGCUCUAAAUGGGAAAUCCACAAGGAUUUUCCACAAGAAAAAAUACACAAUAACUUAAUUUAUUUCUUGGCAGAAUGAAUGCCUUACCUUGCCCAAAAUUUAAAGAUGGUUCAGCCUGACUAUCAAGACAAAAAUAAGUUUUGUAAAUCUUCAAAUUUCCCCAGAAAAUUUGCAGUGAGAAAGAAGGGGAAAUGUUUUGAAAAAGAAAUAGGCUUAAAGCAAAAAAUAUCUUCUGUAAGUGGAUGACAUACAUCCAAGCUCUUCAAUUUUUUGUUGACAAAAUUUAAACAUUUUAGAGGCAAGGUUUUAAAUUAAGCUUCAUACAUUGUCUCUAGUUAAUGUAAGAAGUGGAAGUAUGUCAGACACCUGAAAUUAUCAUAUAACUGGGUUGUUUUGGGUCCAGGUAGAAAUUUUACUAUCUUGCUAGCGUUGUGUUUCACAGUUGGUCUAAUCUACUAUGAGGCUAGGUCCGCUUUUGUCUCUUACUCUCACUGUUUGAGGGCACUAAACCAUAUUACUUGAGGUGCUUCAGUGUGACAUACAUAUCGAGCAACAGCUCACAAAAUAGGUGCCUGAAAGUGUUCUGGAAAGCUUGUGUACAUAAUAGAGACUCCAGUACUGUGCCUCAGCAUUAGUAUGGGAAGCUUCCAGUACUUUCUCAUUUUGAGCAAGGUAAAUAGUUAUUCUGGGCUAUCAUUCUACAUUGUUCUGUGCUUAGCAUCAUUAUUUAGCACUGUAUAAAAUGAAUGUAAAACUUUUUGUACAGAUGGAAACGAUAGCAUUUUGCUGUUGCUUAUGUAGACAAUGACAUAAAUUUAAGGCAGCAGGAAAACAUGCCCUAUCCUUUAAAAGAAGGAAAUAUAUUCCAAAAUAUAUUGUUGAACAACUGUCUGAACACUUUGAAAAUGCAGUCAUUUUUAUGAAGGUGAUCUUGGUGGGAAAACUCACAGAGCUUCUCAAAAAUGUAUCAGUGAUUCAUUCAGGUAUGCAUGGGGAUGGAGGUUAUGUUUCUGUAUGUGUGAAAGUGGCUUUUCUGUGGUGUGGAGUGUAGGUUUAAAGGUUUUUAUGACUUUCAUUCAGUACUAUAACCAAAGCAAUAAGAGGUAUCAGGUAGGGAAUAUUGGCCAGUUUUGUUCAACUCUACACCAUGUCAGUGCUGGAUACACAUUCAGUGAGCUAGGGACCCAGUCUGGAGGCUUCAAAGAAGAAGGGUGGGGUGAGACAUGAAUGCUUGUGUGUUUAUGAAGAGCGCUAACAAAAGAGUAAUUAACUCAGUUGGUGUUCAGAUGCCCUCACACUGGCAUUCUUCUGUGCACCUUAGUGUUUCUGUAUUUAGAAAGGGGUUCUCUUUGGAGUUGUUAAUGAGUUUGCUGGGGUGUAGAUGCCUGUGUGUACUGAUUACGUGUGUGUCAUUGUUUAAAUGUCAAAAUACACUUUGUAGGAGAGCCAGCAAAAUUUUGUUACAAUAUGGUGCUCCAUGAAAUGUGCUUUUUAGAUGUUUUUUUUCCCCUUCUAUUAUAAUAAAAUAUAAAGUAAAAUAUA